AUGUCUGAAAGAGCUCUCAACGCCAUCUUACCUCUGAUAUCCAAAUCACCUUACGAGGCUCACCAGAAAGCCCGCACGUUCGCUGCACGAUACAAUAAAUCAGGGCAAUACGCGACUGCCAUUGAUGUACUCUUUCAAAGCGCUCGAGAGCUCCUGAAGGCAGGGCAAACCGGGAGCGGUGUCGAUCUCGCUGGUUUCCUGCUCGAUGUCUAUGAAACUUCGGGACAGGGAGUCACAGACGAAUCUAAAGGUAGAUUGACCCAACUGAUCGCCUUGACCGGUUCCGCUGGUAGCUGGAGAAAGACAAUCAUAGAUAAAACGAUAGCGUGGUCGGCGAAGCAUGGCGCAUGUCCUGCUGGUGAUCCCGAUCUGCACCAUUAUGUGGGCGAAUUGAUGUUCAAAGAAGGAUCAUUUGCCACCGCGGAGCCUCACUUCCUGACUUCAGGCAAGAGGGACAGUGCACGGUUAUUAGCAGAGAUGUUCUACCAAUGGGCGACAUCAACGGGGGGAUCCUAUGGACCUUUCGCGUUGAGGGCCGUAAUACCAUACCUUCUUAAUGGCAACAUCCUUGCAGCGCUUAAGCCGUCGAGUGAAGUCAUACUCACCACCGAACCUGUUCUGAAUUUUGCACAAAUCGCUGUUCUGACUUGUCAGCGCGCGCAAGGCGACAAGAACAAGGCCAUGCGGGAGGCGUGGGUGCGGUUAUGCGGUACGUAUCAGAGUAAAGGCGGAAUUUUGGCUCUGCCUGAGGUUCGGAGGUCCCUGAGCGAGCUGGGAACACUUUACUUUGCCAUUCCCCAGCCGCGCUCGCAGGCAGCUAAUCCUCUUGGCGACAUGCUCGCGUCGAUGUUUGGUGGUCCUUCCCCUACGCAACCAACGCGCCGAGUUCUGAAACCAGCAACUCCCUCUUCCUCUGGUCUCGACUGA